CUUAAAUCCGAUCGACAGCUCCUGCUGGCAUCCCACUCGCGUUGUUUCCACCCACCUUCACGCGCACUCCCAACCACUAAUAGAGCCCAUCAUCACCACACGCGCAUGCGCACGCAGAGGGAUAGAUCAACCAACUUCCCUUCUUGCGACCCAGCAAUUGCAAGUGUUCUUCCUUCUCGUUUUCGGUUCAAAGACUGCAUCUUUUGAGGGUUCUUGUUUGGGGAGCAGCCGGAUUUAUUUCAGGAGGUUUCGAUUUGCGGUGCUGCCAUUGGCCGUUCGAUUUUGCGUGUCGGUGACGUGCACCUAACCUGGAGAUGUCAUUCCGGAGUAUGGUUCGUGAUUUAAGAGAAAGCUUUGGGAAUAUAUCAAGGCGGAACUUUGAGGUGAGAAUUCAUCACAGAGGGAAGUCUCUUGGAUCUUCAAGUGACCUGCAAGACAGGCCUGUGGUAAUUCAGCAAAGCAGAUGGGCUAGCCUACCUCCUGAGUUACUCCGCGAUGUGAUGAAAAGGUUGGAGGAAGAUGAGAGUAGCUGGCCAUCCCGCAAGGAUGUUGUUUCUUGUGCCUCUGUUUGUACAACAUGGAGGGAUAUGUGUAAAGAUAUAGUGAGAAGUCCAGAAAUUUGUGCGAAGCUCACAUUUCCAGUAUCUCUUAAGCAGCCUGGACCCCGGGAUGGAGUAAUCCAAUGUUUCAUAAAAAGGGACAAAUCAAAACUAACGUACCGUCUCUACUUGUGCCUUAGCUCUGCUGUGCUUGAUGAGAACGGGAAGUUCCUACUCGCUGCCAAAAGGAGCCGGAGGACGACGCACACGGACUAUGCCAUUUCUAUGGAUUCAAAAAAUUUCUCUCGAUCGAGUACUGGCUACAUUGGGAAGCUGAGGUCAAAUUUCCUUGGAACCAAAUUUAUCAUUUACGACACGCAGCCUCCAUACAACGCUGGGAGACUUUGCUCUCAGGAACGGGCCCCCAGCCGUCGGUUCUCUUCCAGGAAAGUCUCACCGAAAGUUCCAAUCGGUAGCUACCCCAUUGCACAGGUGAACUAUGAGCUGAAUGUGCUCGGCACCCGGGGGCCAAGGCGGAUGCAGUGCACUAUGCAAUCCAUCCCAGAAUCAGCAGUAGAGCCUGGCGGUGUUGUGCCUGGGCAACCGAAAGAGCUCCUCCCGAGGUUAUUCGACGAGUCCUUCCGCAGCACAGCAACUUCUCUCUCCAAGUACUCCAUCGCAGAUAGCUCCAUGGACUUGAGCAGUUGUCGGUACUCGGAGUUUGGCGGAGGAAAUCAGCAAGGCGACGACAACGAUGCAGACAAGGAGAGGCCCCUGGUUCUGCGCAACAAGGCGCCGAGGUGGCACGAGCAGCUGCAAUGCUGGUGCCUCAACUUCCGUGGGCGUGUGACGGUGGCAUCAGUCAAGAACUUCCAGCUGAUAGCUUGUGUGGCACAGGCAGCCGCAGCAAGGGCUUCGGCACCUCCUGGACAGACGCAGCCCCAGGCGUCGUCAAGCCACGACACGGUGAUCUUGCAAUUCGGCAAAGUUGCAAGGGAUAUGUUCACCAUGGACUACCGGUACCCGCUGUCGGCCUUCCAGGCCUUCGCCAUAUGUUUGACCAGCUUUGACACGAAGCUGGCCUGUGAAUAGAUGAAUAGACGGGGUUAGCAUAGCAGCGAUUAGAGCAGGUAGAUGUCUGGAUGUGAUAAGCAGGGCGUUCAAGUCUGAGCACAGGUAGUAGCUGUUGAUUCAAGUCUUGUUUUGUGAGGUGUGCUUCUGAAACCUGAAAAUGAAAUGGCUUUAAAGUCCAAAUGGGAAGCGAUCAACAUGAGAAGAAGUGUUAGAGUUGUAAUGGUAAGCUUGUUGACCUUUUCAUUUGGUGCUGCCUGCUGGGUAUGCAGUGUCGCGAGAUCGAUUGCGCUGAAAAGUCAGGAAAUCCGGUUGGGGUUUCUGCUAGUAGUAGAUGAAGAUUGGUAGGGGUUUUCGUCAUCAUGAUGUAGACUAGUGCUGGUCCAUACCAUUAAUAACAACUUGAUACAGCGACUGAUGCUGAUGCUGA